AUGGAAAAUGAGGAAAUUCUCAAGGAGAAAGAGCUCUCAGCUAGCACUGGAGAAAGAACGGCUCUGGACCAAACCAUGCUGUCUACAAUGGAGACCUUUGAACUUAAUGAUCCAAAGCCCAAGAAGAGAAAUGGGAUGAACUGCUUCAUGGUCUUGCUGGUCAUCUACCUGAUUCUGCUCACCACAGGUGCUGGGCUGCUGGUGGUGCAAGUUCUGAAUCUGCAGAAGCGGCUCCGGGCCCUGGAGAUGCCCUACAACAAUCAAACGCUGGCCCCCGAGCAUUUCCUGCAGGCCCAGCUCGUCCGCCUCCGCACCAGGGAGGAGCACCUACUACGACGGGUGGACAACUUCACUCGGAUCCCAGGCUACAUUCUGAACUCCUUCUCCUUUCCAGGCCCCCCAGGACCCCGAGGUCCACCCGGAAUCAAGGGAGAGGCAGGAAGAAAGGGAGACACAGGCAUGAAAGGAGACAUGGGGGUCAUGGGACCCCCUGGAGCCCGGGGGGAUAAAGGUGACUCAGGGAUGCCCGGUUCCCCAGGUGUGGCUGGAAUUCCUGGACUCAAAGGAGAUCAAGGACAGCCUGGAGCCAAGGGUCUUCCAGGCUUUCCAGGAGCUGCGGGAUCCCCGGGUGCCAAGGGUGAGCCUGGCAGCGCUGGUCCCACUGGGCCCAUAGGACCAUCAGGGAGGCCCGGGAGUCCAGGAGCCGAAGGCGUGAAAGGAAGCAAGGGGGACACAGGACUUCAAGGACAGAAAGGAACAAAAGGAGAAUCAGGAAUUCCAGGCCCUACAGGCGUGAAGGGAGAGAAGGGAAGCCCAGGCCUGGUCGGCCUCAAGGGGGCACCUGGACCGGACGGCCGAAAGGGAGAGCCCGGAGCGAAAGGAUCUUCUGGGCCGCAAGGAGCAAAGGGAGAAAAAGGUCAAAAAGGCGAAUCCAUGGUAUCCGUCCGGAUUGCUGGCUCUAGGAACCGAGGCCGGGCUGAAAUUUACUAUAAUGGUGCCUGGGGGACAAUCUGCGAUGAUGACUGGGACAAUUCAGAUGCCACCGUCUUCUGCCGCAUGCUGGGUUACUCUUCGGGAACUGCCAUUUUCAACGUGGGAGCUGGCACUGGGACCAUCUGGCUGGACAACGUUGCGUGUCGAGGGUCAGAAUCGACCCUGUGGAACUGCAACAAGAACAGCUGGGGCUCUCACAACUGCAACCACAGCGAAGACGCGGGUGUGGACUGCAGCUGA